ACAUCGGAACGUUAAUUCAAGUCUGAUGUACAUCCUAUCUUGAGAAAGGUAAAAGAUCUAAGCAUCUAAAGGAUCCAAAUUUGUAAGAACAUCUCGAUAUAACGAAUGUUCCGCUUUUAUAGUAUACAAUAUGAUCAAUAAAAUUACCAAUACUUAAAAAUCUGAAAUAUUAGGAAAUACGCGACAUCGUAAAAAUGUCUACUUUUGGUAAUCAUCGAAGCAACCCUCCGUGUACAUAUUCUGUCGGUACAGUAAGGUCAAAAUGAGCCCAUAUUCAUCGUAGAAACGGUGAACAAUGAGCAAAAGCGAUGGGGUAGAAAGAGAGAAGGGGUUGCGGGAAGUCGUGAAGGUUCGUCUGCGUUCGCUGAUCGUCGCGUGUGUGGGUUGGUUAUAUAUCGCGCGUCGGAAUCGAGAGCGUCGAAACACGAAGGGAGAUCAGAGACUGACUUUACGAAAAUCGAUCGGCGCUCAUCGUCGUCGGGUUAGCGACGCCUGCAAAGGCAUCGGUGUCCAUUCGCAACGACGCGGACGCGGUUACGAGAAAGCGCCGCUUUCAGCCGACGCUCUCUCUCCCUAGUCUCUCCCUAGGCUCUCUCCCUAGGUGCUCCUUCGGCGAAACAACCCUCCAAAUGUUGAGAGCCGCCUGGUGUUACUCGAACGACACGAACGUUCCUUCUUCCAGUUUGUCCUGGAAAAUGUGCGAGUGCGGUGCUCGCGAGAUACGCGCGAUAGUGAUCCAGUGAAAUUCCGACUUGUUCCUCGGUCGUCACGCUGUGUGGUGACCCGUCAAAGUUGAACGGAUGCUGUCACAGUUUCGUGGGCAAACGAGAGAACCGAGAAAGGGACGUACGCGCAGAAGACUUCCGUCGUGAAACGAUACUCCAUGAACCUGUUUAGGAUAGAGUUCCGUGCUCUGUGCUGUCGCUUAGACGAUUCACCAGGUACAGACGAACCUGGUGUCCUACUCUCGCGGUUAUCGCCAUUUGUCGACACCACCGUGGAUUAAUCGGACACCGGUGAUUUUCUUUCUACCACGCAACGACAAUAAUUUUCGACACGUUUCUACCGUAAACGAAUACAUUCGAUCAGGAUCAAAAUAUUACGCGCUCUCGAUGCGUAUUAUGAAGGAAAGGUGGUCAGACAUUUGGCUGAAAAAUUCUCGUGACAGAAUUAAUCGGUGAACGGUGUUCCUGUACGCCCUGUUCCUCUGCGUGUAUGCUCGGAAAGGUGGGAGGAGAGGAGUCUACCUCUUUGAACGUGGAAUGAUAAUAAAGAAGAGCUACGGGAUAGGCAGGCACGGGGUGACAUUAUGCAAAGAGUGGAUCUGAAUGUACCCAACUCUCCCCUCAGAGUGUUUCCCCUUGGGAUGGCGAUAGGGGCGCUAGUCGAGAUCGCGAUCAAGCUCAUCAUCAGCGGUUACAUACUCGCCGUGGUCGUUUAUGUGAAUGCCACCGGGAACUGGGAUAAGGACGAUGACUUAGUGGAAACUUUUGAAGUCAGCGCCGUUCUUGGAGGUACCGCUAAAUUGCCUUGUGACAUUGAACCGUCCACGCGAGAGGAUCGCGUAAACAUGGUGCUCUGGUUUCGCGACGAUGCGGUGAAACCGAUUUACAGUUUCGACGUGCGAGGAAGAGCAUUCAACGAGGCUCUUAAUUGGUCGAAUAGCACCGUCGUAGGACCAAGAGCUUGUUUCAUCACUGACACAAGACCAGCCACUUUUUCACUGGAAGCUGUUCAGUUAGACGACGAAGGGAUCUAUCGAUGUAGGGUCGAUUUUAAGAAUUCGCCUACGAAAAAUUUCCAAGUGAACCUCACCGUAAUAGUUCCACCACAUCAGCUGUUAAUUUACGACAGCUCGGGGGUAGAAAUUAAGAACACUGCAGGACCAUUUCAAGUUGGCGUUGAAUUUGGUCUGACUUGUGAAGUAAGGGGAGGGAAACCGACACCGGUGGUGAUUUGGUUGAUCAAUGAACGAGAAGUAGACAGCAGAUUAGUAGAAAUCGGGCGGAACAUAGUUACCAGUAAAUUGACGAUACCUCAGUUGAGAAGGGAACACCGUAACACUACUUAUAAGUGUCGAGCCUCGAAUACAAACUUUAAUCUUUCGUUAGAGAAGACUGUUCUCUUAGACGUUUAUCUGAAGCCGUUGUCGGUGAAAAUUUUAUCAAAACCGACCAUUCUCGAGACAGACAAAGACUACUCCAUUACUUGCGAAACAACAGGGUCUCAUCCUCGAGCACGAAUCACUUGGUUAACGAAAAACAACGUCUACCAUAAUGGCAAAAUAAUCGAUGUUGGAAACGCUUCGGUGGUUUUGAGUACGCUGAUAUUUUCACCGGUCCCGGACGACAAUGGAAAAAUCCUGAAGUGUCGAGGGGAGAAUCCAGCACUGCCAGAUGCGUAUUUAGAAGACUUCUUUCAAUUAAACGUAGUAUUUCCACCUAAAGUACAAUUACACUUAGGUAGCAAUUUAAACGCUGAAAAGAUAAAAGAAGGGGACGAUGUUUACUUCGAGUGCAAGGUUCUCGCCAAUCCGGCACACCAUAAAAUCACUUGGAAACACAACGACGUUGUGCUAACGCAAAAUUCUUCGGCUGGAAUAAUUAUGAGUACGCAGAGCCUAGUGCUACAAAAGAUAGGUCGUGACAAUGCAGGGAACUACACGUGUCUCGCAAGCAAUGAUCGUGGUGAGACCACGAGUCCAGUGGUAACUUUACGUGUACAAUUUGCACCGGUAUGUAAGACGAAAGAGGUGUCCGUUAUCGGAGCAUCGAUGGAAGAAUCGGUGAAGGUACGUUGCGAGGUGGACGCUGAUCCCAACGAAGUGGAAUUCGUGUGGGAAUUCAACAACAGCGGCGAUAAUUUCGAAGUUGCACCAGUGAAGUUCAACGGUAAUAAUGGAACGAUGAGCGAGCUCGUUUAUACACCAGUGUCUGAAAGGGACUAUGGAGCUUUAACGUGUUGGGGUAGAAACAUAAUAGGGAAACAAGAAACACCUUGUAUUUACCAAAUUAUUAAUGCAGUAAAACCAAGCCCUUUGAAUAAUUGUACGAUAAAGGCGUCGCUCAAUCAAAGUUCUGAAAUCCUGGAAGUAGAAUGUGUGCCAGGCUACAAUGGUGGAUUGAAGCAAGAGUUCCGAUUAGAAGCCUACGAGGUUCUCACUGGUAAUCUAAGGGUGAACGCAUCCAGCGUGUCCGCGGAUGUACCAAUCUUUCGUAUCGCAGUGGCAGAUCUUCUUCCAGCCACGCAUUUUUACCUCGUCACAUACGCAGUGAACGCGAAAGGAAAGAGUGAUGUAAGUUUAUUGGAAGAUAUAAUGUUAAGAGACUCCGAGAAGCGUACAGACAGUGGAGUAAGUAUGGUUCCACUUAUUCUGCUUCUUAUCGGUUGUUUAAUGGCAUUCGGCGUCACCGUACUCUCGGUGAUGUUGAUGAUGUAUCGACGUAGAGGUACAACUUCUCCGGUACAUAUCGAGCCGUAUAUGAAACAACCAAUAAUUACUCCUCCGGAUUCGAGGAACAAUUCGAUGCUCGAUGUUACACACGGAGACCACACUUAUUUCGUCGAGUACACGUUAAAACAAGUCACCGAUUACGCGCUCAACAAUCAACCAGAUAUCAUACAGUCACCACAAGACCAAGAAAAAAUAAAGCGGGAACCACAGUUAUUUUUACCCGUACGACCAGAUACACUGUUCGCACCAUACGACAUUCAUAAGCAAGGACUUCAAAGUAAUAGAUGCAGCUUAAAUCCAUUUUCCACGAAGUCUUGGGAACCUAUUAGCUUCAAAGCUGAUCGUAAUUUAAUGAAGGAAAUCAUUAUUGCCAACUCUAUACCUGGUCCAGAAAGUUGUGUGUAAAUGAAAAUUUGAACGAAUUGAACGAGUAAACAUAUCAAGAAGACCGAUCUCAAAGCCUAAACAAUCGUAUGGUUAAUUGUAAUUGGCAUCGAGGUUGAAACAUCAAACGAACUGCAACUGGUCUCUUCAUCGAGUUGGUGUAUAUUGCACAAAAAAUAAAAAAACAUAAGAAACUAGCAUAAUACGAGCAUUGCGACGUAUUAUGCACCGCUUAAAGGUCAAAUGUCUCACUGAAAACCUAUGGAAGUCUAAAAAAAUCAAUCUAGGAAUCGUCAAGACUAGUUGCAUACUAACUAAACGCUACACAUGGUGUAUUAUUCAAGUUUAAUAUAUUUUGUGUCAAGUCUUA